ACUUAACCUUGGAACCCUCUCUAAUCACUUACGACCCCUGGACUGACACCUGGAGGCUUAGCAAGAUGAAAUUAAGCGCGCCAACCCACUCGAAAGUCCCCCUUCCUCCCCACCCUACGCGAAUUCUCAUCAAUCAGACCACUCCACUCCUCUUUUCUCAGACUUACAUACCUUCAUGCUUUCCAGGCUUUCCAGGCUCUCCAGGCUCUCCAGGCUCUCUCUUAUUUACGUAGUACCUACUACCUACACACUCUCACUCAGCGCGCUCAACUCAUUCCCGCAGCCCGUAGCCCGCAGCCCGUAACCCGUAACUCGUAGCCCGCGACUCGUAGCCCGCGACUCGUAGCCCGCGGCACAUCACGCAGCAUACCCAGCACACCCAGUAUUGUACACCCAGCACACCCAGCACCCAGACCAGUCGCCCGAACCCAACGCCCGUCAUUGCUGCAGUGCAACUCACAGCCUUGGAAAACGAACAAUCGCUGAGCCCAGCUCCCCCCCCGACUCGGGAUCAUGGGCUCCUUGCUUUCCGACCGCGUGUAUAUCGGCAUACGGUGAAGGUUGGGAUACCGACCGGAAACCCAUGGGCCUGCACGAGGCGCGAGUAGGGAAGUCGGACGCGAUGGGCCGCGAUCUCGUCCACCUAAUUCGGAACCCUCAGCUGUCGCCCGAUUCCGUGGACUCAGCAUUGAGCCCCGGCGAAUACAGACAAGAAGCCUCCCCGGUACCGUUUGAGGCCGCCCGCGACUACCCACCAUCAUGGGCCGGCGAGCAGCUUGCGCAGACGCCGGACGACGUCGACUCCCCCGGCAGCUCCGUGCAGACGCCGCCGGCUGGUUCUAAUAAGCGCAGUCAUCGUAAGAGGACGCACAGCCCCGAUGUCUGGGAGGCGCACAAGGCGGAGAUAGCUCGCCUCUAUCUGGACGAGAAUAAGCGUCUCAAGGAUGUAAUGGAAAUCAUGGAGAGUCAAUGGGGGUUUCGCGCAUCCCAAAAAAUGUACAAGACGAAACUCACUCAGUGGAAGUUCUUCAAGAAUAACCGCCAGGCUGACGUAGCAAACUUGCUUUACUUACAGCGUCACCGGCUGGCUAUCGGCAAAGAGAGCACAUUUCGUAGGAAUGGCAAGCCGAUCGACGUGGAGGCUUAUAUGAGGAGAAGAGGGAUUAGUGCCUUCGAUCUCGUCGAAGUAGCCGACUCUGGUGAUUUACCGCCGACUGUUAGAUGUCGCACUCCGCCUUCGGUACCGAAGAUACUAGACCCCCCGGACGAUCUUCGUCUCAAGGAGAGGUUCUUCCAGUGGACCUCCCAGAAGUUCGUCAAACCUCGGCCGAUAGAGUCGGGUUAUCUGAAGAGGCUCGACUCUCAUCACGCGAGCAAGGCCUUGCAUUCCGUCCAGCUGCUGACCCAUGGAUGUUGGCUAUUCUCCACCGGCCGUAAUCAAGAGGCCGGGAACUUUUGUCGGGGAGCCUUCGCCCUGCUUCAUCACGUCCUCGAGACGUCCGCUUUCCUUUCCUUCUUCGAGAUGAUGAUGGCGAUUCGCCGGUAUCCCAACGCGGAAAUUAUAAAGGAGCUUUGGAGUUAUCUAUCGCGGUACGCUGCCGCGAUCGAUGGCGUCAACCAGCCGUUGCAUCGGGUGUUGGCAGCCUUCUCCAACUUUUCGCAGCAGCACGGCCUGGUUCACAACAUCGAUAUCUUGGACUGGGCGUUGCAGUGGGCCUCGGGCAGAUUCAAUAGCUCCUUUGACGGAAAGGCGUUUGACUACACUAUGCUCAGGCCGUGGGAUCUCGUGCCCGUAGGAAACUCAUAUCAUCGAUAUUAUCUGUGUCUGAACCACUGGGAAGUCGAGUCUAUACCGACCGUAACUAUACCGAGCCUGGAUGUGUACGAAGACCCUUCGAACCUGCGAGCUGACCUGCUGCUCAUUUUCGGUAACCAGAGUAGCUGGCGUGACGAGAGAAUCUCGAAAGUCGCGUUGAAAGUACUGGAGCAGAACCGGUCGUCUCCUAAGCCCUCCGAUUAUCUCGAGUUUGUCUGCUUGUACUCUACGGCCCAACACAGCAAAGUUCGAUCUGCCGACGAAGAUCCCACAACAAGCAUCGACCAUAAGUUAGCUAGGGAAUACCUACAGCUGGCCGGGGAUCUUCAGAGGCGAGCUUGGCCUCCGGGGAAGAACUAUUACGAGACGCUGAUGCUCCUCGAAAGCUGGUACCGAGAAGCAGGCGACUACGAGUCCGCAGACGCUACGCGAAUGCGAUGCGACCAGGAUUGCGUGGACGUAUUGACAACUUUGUCUAAAUGAGAAAAAUACCCUAACCUCGGGGCCAUACGGUGUUUCUGGGACUAUGUCAGUGAGGCGAGUAGCGGUCGUGUUAUUGCUUAACGUUUGAGCAGUCGGCUGCAAACAAUGGUUAGAAUUAAGCCAUUGGAUAGUAAGGACUUCGUACGAGGUCAACGGUAUAACUAGGAUGUCUCUACUCAUCCUCGAUUCAGUACAGUCAAACAUAAGCACUGUGAUUACCUAGGUAAAUAAUAAAAUAUCAAUGCUCAUGCUGUUUAUUCCAUAGUCGGGUUAUCAUCCUGACCCUGUAGCGAGUUGUUGUUUUAGGAAUACGGCCUCAUAUAGGUAGGUAGGUACCUAGGUAGAUAUACCUAUAUGUUCUAACACAAGACACUUACCUAGG